AUGGCUCCUCUACUCCAGACAUUGGUGGGCGGUCUUGCCCUGGCAACUUCGGUUAUUGCCCAGAAUGACAGCCUGGUCGAUUCACAAAUCCUGACCAACCCCUACCAAUAUGAUUUCCCUCGUCUGGGUGCCUCAGGGGCUAAGCUCUUCCCCAUGCGCCGUUGCCAUGGAUUCAAACUGGAAGAAGCUUCUGUCGAUCAGAUCCAGGAGCGUCUCGAGAACGGCACUUUCACUAGUGUUGAGCUCUUGGGGUGCUACCUCGACCGUGUUCACCAGACACAGCCUUACUUGAACGCUAUUCUGCAAUUGAACCCGGAUGCCUUCUCUAUUGCCCAGAAGCUCGAUGCCGAGCGGGCCAAGGGUAAGGUCCGCGGUCCUCUUCACGGAAUUCCUUUCAUUGUCAAGGACAAUAUCGCCAGCAAGGACCGUAUGGAGACCACUGCCGGUUCCUGGGCUUUGCUGGGCAGCGUCGUGCCUCGCGAUUCUCAUGUCGUGCACGGCCUCCGCAAGGCCGGUGCUAUUCUUCUGGGCAAGGGUGCCCUUUCCGAGUGGGCUGAUAUGCGCUCGAACAACUACUCCGAAGGCUUCAGCGCCCGUGGCGGUCAAUGCCGCAGCGCUUACAACUUCACCGUCAACCCCGGCGGUAGCAGCACCGGCCCCGGUGUUGCUGUCGGCGCCAACUUGGUUCCUAUUGCUCUUGGAACCGAGACCGAUGGCAGUGUCAUUAACCCCUCUCAAAGAAACGCCCUGGUCGGCAUUAAGCCUACUGUCGGUCUGACUUCCCGUGCGGGUGUCAUUCCCGAGUCCCUGCACCAGGAUACUGUGGGCACCUUCGCUCGCAAUGUUCGUGACGCCGUUUACACUCUGGACGCGAUCUACGGCGUAGACACCCGUGAUAACUACACCCUUGCCCAAAAGGGCCUCACCCCCAAGGGCGGCUACACCCAAUUCCUGAGCCGCAAGGACGCCCUCAAGGGCGCCGUCUUCGGCCUCCCCUGGGCCUCCUUCUGGGCCCUCAACAGCGCCGAGCAGAACGCCGAUCUUCUGGAGCUGAUUGAAUUGAUCAAGUCCGCCGGCGCCACCAUCAUCAACGGCACCGAGCUGCCCCACUACAAGACUAUCGUCUCGCCCGACGGCUGGAACUGGGACUACGGCUCCACCCGUGGCUACGCCAACGAGUCCGAGUACUCCUACAUCAAGGUCGACUUCUACAACAACCUGCGCGACUACCUGUCCGAGGUGAACAACACCAACGUCCGCACCGUCGAGGAUCUCGUCCAGUACAACAUCGACAACUACGGCUCUGAGGGCGGCCUGCCCGGCAUCCACCCGGCCUUCGGCUCCGGCCAGGACGGCCUCAUCGCCUCCAUGGAGAGCAAGGGAAUCAUGAACGAGACCUACUUCCAGGCUCUGGAGUUCUGCCAGCGCACCACCCGCGAAGAAGGCAUCGAUGCAGCCCUCAACUUCAACGGAACCAAGCUGGACGGCCUCCUCGUUCCCCCUGAUGUUGCGCAGAGCAUCCAGAUCGCUGCCCAGGCCGGUUACCCGGUCAUCACUGUGCCUGCCGGCACUGACAGUGUGUCUGGAAUGCCGUUCGGUCUUGCUUUGAUGAACACUGCUUUCUCGGAGCCGACUCUGAUCAAGUACGCUAGUGCCAUUGAGGACCUGAAGAACGCUUCUGGUCCUAAGUGGAAGCGUGCGCUCCCUGAGUGGAGGGGGUACCUUGAGCGUAACUUGCCUGUUAUCAUGUAA